GACAUGGCAAGGGCCGACAUUAGUCACGUGACCACGAUCGACAUUUGAGGAGGUUUCUGGCCACGAGUGCAAAUAAAAAUGCCCUCAAGCAAUCCGCUACCACCGAAAGAAAAUGCCUUAUUUAAAAGAAUUUUGAGAUGUUACGAACAGAAGCAAUACAAGAAUGGCUUAAAAUUUGCAAAGCAGAUCUUGUCAAAUCCCAAAUAUACAGAACAUGGAGAGACUUUGGCCAUGAAAGGAUUGACGUUAAACUGUCUAGGGCGUAAAGAAGAAGCGUAUGAAUAUGUGCGUAGGGGUUUACGAAACGAUUUGCGUUCACACGUUUGUUGGCAUGUUUAUGGACUAUUACAAAGAUCGGAUAAAAAAUAUGAUGAAGCCAUCAAGUGCUAUCGAAAUGCGCUCAAAUGGGAGAAGGAUAAUAUGCAGAUCCUUAGGGAUUUAUCUCUGUUACAAAUUCAAAUGCGAGAUUUGGAAGGAUACAGAGACACACGUUACCAACUCCUUAUGCUUAGACCGACGCAAAGGGCUUCCUGGAUAGGUUAUGCUAUGUCAUUUCAUCUGUUAGAAGAUUACAAGAACGCAUUGAAUAUAUUGGAAACAUUCUUGGACCAACAGCAGAAAGGGAACAACUACGACUACGAGCACAGCGAACUGUUACUUUAUCAAAACCUGGUGAUUCAAGAGUCCGGCGACUUAAAAGAGGCCUUGAAACAUUUGGAAUCGUCGCAAGAUCAAAUCGUUGACAAACUAACCCUUAAAGAAAAUUUAGGUGAACUAAAUCUAAAGUUGAAAAAUUUCGAUAAAGCCGCUAAACAUUACGAAGAAUUGAUCCAAAGAAAUCCGGAAAAUACGAUCUAUUAUAAUAAAUUAAUCGAUGCUAAAAAUCUAGCUAAACCCGAGGACAUUGUUAAUUUUUACCUAGAGUGUUCGGAAAAAUUCGCGCGAGCUAUGCCGCCUCGAAGACUGCCGUUAAAUUACGCGGUCGGUGAACAAUUUAAAGUUCUCGUCGAUAAAUAUAUGAGGAAGGCGCUGUCGAAAGGCGUACCUCCGCUUUUUGUCGAUUUACGCUCGUUAUAUACGGAUAAGAGUAAAGUGGAAACUAUCGAAAAUUUGAUGUUACAAUACGCGGAUGCUUUAAAGAAAGUGGGCAAAUAUAGUGAAGCUGAAGUCAAUAAUGGACCGAAAGAACCGGCGUCCGCUUUGCUGUGGGUUUACUAUUAUUUGGCGCAGCAUCACGACUACUUGAACCAGACGGAAAAGGCUGUGAAUUAUAUAGAUGCCGCUAUAGAACAUACGCCGACGCUGAUAGAGCUGUUCGUUACCAAAGGAAGAAUUUAUAAGCAUGCCGGCGACCCCCAAGAGGCGUACAAAUGGUUGGACGAGGCGCAAGCCCUCGACACCGCCGACCGUUACAUCAAUUCGAAAUGCGCCAAAUACAUGCUCAGGGCAAAUCGAGUCAAAGAAGCGGAAGAUACAUGUGCCAAGUUUACCAGAGAAGGCGUUUCGGCCAUGGAAAAUCUUAACGAAAUGCAAUGUAUGUGGUUCGAAACGGAAUGUGCUUUAGCCUAUCAACGACUCGGCAAGUACGGAGAAGCUCUCAAAAAGUGUCACGAGACCGAUAGGCAUUUUUCGGAAAUCAUCGAGGAUCAGUUCGAUUUCCACACCUACUGCAUGAGGAAAAUGACGCUGCGGUCCUACGUAGGGCUCUUGCGGUUGGAAGAUGUUCUUAGAGGGCAUCCUUUUUAUUUCAAAGCAGCCAAAUGUGCCAUUGAAGUGUAUCUGCAUCUUUUCGACGAGCCAUUGAAGGACGAAAGUGCUGAACAGGAACUUAAUACCGAGAACCUAGCGCCUUCGGAAUUGAAAAAAUUGAGGAAUAAACAGAGGAAAGCGCGAAGGAAGGCAGAACAGGAGAGUGCUCAAGCGAGAGAAGCACAAGUUAAAAGAGAUCACCACCAUAAGUCACGACAGCAAGGCGAUGUCGAAGCGGACGCUCCUCAGUUAGAUGAAUUAAUACCAGACAAGCUUGCAAGGGUGGAAGACCCUCUCGAACAAGCGAUAAAGUUCCUCCAACCCCUCCAAACUCUAGCGAAAAACCGGAUAGAAACUCAUCUAAUGGCUUUUGAAGUUUAUUAUAGGAAAAAAAAAGUUCUUUUGAUGCUCCAGUCCUUGAAAAGGGCUCACAAGGUGGUACCACACAAUCCAAAGCUACAUUGUUGCCUGAUAAGAUUCUACGAAGUAAUUAACCAAAACAAAGGUUCUUGGGAUCCAGCUGUCAAAGAAGUAGUGACGAAAGAAACGGAACUCUUAUUUAAUGGAAAAGACGCCAAACAGCUCAACAAAGAAUACCUAGAAAGUAACCCCCAUAGUUUAGAAGCCGCACUGGAAUGCUCUAGAAUGAUGUACUAUCUUGAUAACAAAACCCAAAGCACUGCUCUCAAUCUCGUUACCAACCUUGACGACAAUAAAUACGGAGAUAUAAACUUACAAAAUUGUGUAGAUGUAAUGGAAGCGUUAAGAAAAGGCGACUUCGGCAGUUGCGAAGCUCAAUUAGAAGAAUAUAUAAAGAAAUGCCAUAAAAGAUUCCCCUUUGCAGCCGCUUUCAGGCCAGCUUCAACGACAACAACUCCAAGCGAAAGUAAUCAUGUGUCUCAAGAUCAAGACAACUGCAACAGCAACUGAUGACCAUUAAAGCAACAACUUCUAAAUUGCAGGGAAUUAACCGGUGUCUUAACUGUGCGAGUGCUGACUCUGUAUCCGGUUACAAGUGUUUUAAAAGAAAUUGUCACAUUAUAGGUUGUUGAUUUUUUGUGGUAUGUCGUACCUCAGGACUGCUAACUAAUAAAUUGUUUUAUUAUGUUUUAUUUACGAUUUUGCUUUUUUUUCUUUGUAUAUUUUGCUUGGAAUUGUUGUGAAUUUAUUUUUUCCCAAAGUUGAACUUCGCCGAUUUAUUUUAUUUUUGUCGACUUUUUUAUUACAUACACACCUUGCGGUACCUUGUAUCUAUACAGAAUUUCAAUGACUGCGUUGGUGAUAAGACUUUUUAGGAAACCGUUUGUACCGUUGGGUUUUUUACUUGUGUGUUUCUAUAGUGAAAUUAUCGAAUAAUUGAGUCUGGGAUCGCACAACGAUAUGUUCACAGUCCACCGAUGAUGUUACAAUCAAAAAUUUAAUAUCAAAUGUUGUAUUAUUACAUCUGUUUUGUUGUGUGAUUCCAGCUUUAGGCAUAAUAAUCAUAUUCACAACAUUAAGUUUGUAGAUACCCAUUACUCGUAUUGGAGUCAUUUCAAUACCAUAAUUCAUAAUUAUUGUAAAUUUUGGUUAAUAAAAAAUACUUAAUA